AUGAGUAUCACGCGCAUAAACCGACGCAACCUUUUCAAAGUCUCCGCCUUAGCCGGCGGUGGGCUGAUGCUGCAGCUGAAUAUGCCAAUGGCAGCACUGGCGGAGGACGGUGGCACACUGGUCCAAUCCAAAGAACUCAACGUGUAUGUGCAGAUUGAUACGGAUGGCCAGAUCACUAUUUUUUCAGCUAUUCCGGAAAUGGGACAGGGUAUUAAAACAACGCUGCCGAUGAUCAUUGCGGAAGAGAUGGGCGCCAGGUGGGAGGAUGUGGUUGUCCUGGAUGCGCCGCUGGAUGCCGGCAAGUACGGGCUGCAGGGCGCUGGCGGUUCAACUUCCGUACCGAGAAAUAUAGAUACCAUGCGACGCAUGGGAGCUUCAGCGCGGGAAAUGCUGAUUGGCGCUGCAUCGUUGUUGAUGGAGGUAGAGCGCGAAGACCUUGAUGCUCGCGAAAGUAAGGUUGUUCACUCUUCCGGGGAGAGUAUGACCUUUGGGCAGCUGGCUGCAGUUGCGGUGCGUCAACCCAUUCCCGAUCCGGAAAUGCUGUCUUUCAAAGAUCCACGCUCGUAUACAAUUAUCGGCACCUCGGUGGGUGGUGUGGACAACCUUGUUAUUGUGUCCGGCCAGUCACAGUUUGGUAUUGAUGUUGAUGUGCCGGGGAUGAAGUUUGCAACUUAUGCACGCUGUCCUCGGAUCGGUGGUCUUGCGACAGCUUUUAAUGCGGCAGAAAUUAAAAGUCUGCCGGGUGUUAUCGAUGCCUUCAUCCUGCAACCUGAUGCACGGGCUGGUAAAGCUUCAAUGGCUUUUCUCGAUGGCCUGGCUGACCUGCGUGGUGGUGUCGCCAUUGUCGGUGAGGACACCUGGUCGGUGUUGGCCGCGAGGAAAAAGCUAAAAGUAACCUGGGAUGAGUCUUCUGCAUCCCAAGACAGCUGGACGCAGAUGGUGGCUCAGGCGAAGCAGAUAGCGGCCAGGGAAAGUGGUGAAGUUCGCCUCGACAAUGCCGGCGUGGAGCCCGCAUUUGCGCAAGCUGACAAUCGUGUGCACGAAGCCUUUUAUCAGUUCCCUUAUGUUGCACACGUGUGCAUGGAACCGAUGAAUGCAACAGUGCACUUCAAGAAGGGGGAUGCCAACAAUCCGGAUCAAAUGGAAAUCUGGUUGGGCAGUCAGUUUCCCGGCCAGGUCAAAGAGAUAGCCAACAACAUGUUUGGUAUUGCACCGGAAAAUGUCACCGUGCAUGCCAAGCGUAUGGGGGGUGGCUUCGGGCGCCGAGCCGUACAUGAUUUUGCCGCAGAAGCCAUGGCCAUUUCCCAUCGCGUCGGAUUGCCCGUCAAGUUGACCUGGACGAGACCAGACGACAUUCACAACGAUUUUUUCAGGGUCGGUGGUUUUGAGCAGAUGAAAGCAGCCAUUGAUUCAGAUGGGAAGCUGGCCGCCUGGGAUCAGCAUUACAUAGGCUUCUCCAAGCAGGGUAAUCCGGUCAUUGGUUCCGGUCUGCGCGGCAAUGAAUUUUCCAUGGUUGCACUCGACAAUGCGCGUGUGCGCCAGUCGAUGAUCGAGAUAGCAACACCCUGCGGUGCCUGGCGGGCACCGGGUUCGAAUACCAACGCUUUUGUAGAGCAGGGAUUUAUCCAUGAGCUUGCGGUGCUGGCCGAACGGGAUCAUUUGGAAUUUCUGUUGGAGCUUAUGGGUGAGCGACGUUGGCUCAGCGAGGGUAACGUUAAUGCCUUGAACACUGGCCGAGCCAUCGAUGUUAUCAAGCUGGCCGCGGAUAAAGCCGGUUGGGGUAAGACAUUGCCGGCAGGUACAGGUCUGGGGCUGGCGUUCUAUUUCUGUCAUGCGGCGCAUGUUGCAGAAGUAGCCCAGGUGUCCGUUGAUGCAGAUCGCAACUUUCGCGUCGAGAAGGUGACGGUUGCCGUGGACGUGGGCCCAAUUGUUAACCGCAGUGGUGCAAUGAGCCAGGUACAGGGCUCGGUGAUUGAUGGCCUGAGUACUAUGGCACUGCAGCAGAUCACCAUGGAAAACGGUCAAAUCCAGCAGGAUAACUUUGAUCAAUAUCCGGUUAUGCGCAUGGCGGCAACACCGGAAGUUGACGUACACUUUAUUGAAAGCGAUAACCCUUCAACGGGCCUGGGUGAACCGGCUCUGCCACCGCUGGCCCCGGCUGUCACCAAUGCGAUUUAUGCAGCCACCGGCGUGCGGUUGAGCGAAAGAUAUAAAGCGUUACUGGUUCUAAAUGCCGUGGGCCUGCUGAUCAGUUCUGCGCUCAGCGGCUGGCUGCAUUUCUUUCAGCUCCUUGGAGAAAUUGACCUGUGGCCGAUCGUUCAUCAUGUGGAUGUGCAGGUGCCGGGUGAAUCCCGUGCAUGGAUCAUGGCACACCUGGAAGGUAUUACGAAUGGCCUGCUGCUCAUAGGGGUUGCGGUUGCCAGCCGCUAUCUCAUGUUAACCAAAAAACAAUUCAGCUGGCUGUUCUACAGUUCGCUCACCUUCGCCUGGUUGUUCACGCUGCCUGCAAUUGCCAAUGCCUGGUUUGGCACCCGUGGGCUUGCGUUUGGUGGCGGUCCUUUUGGUGACAGCCUGGCCAACAAUGUCAUCUACCUUUUUGGUUGGCCACCGAUAACUGCGGUUCACAUUGCCUUCGGCCUGAUGGCCUGGGGUGCAUGGAAACAUUACCGCGCUCUGGCGCCAGAUGAAUGA